AUGAGUGAUAAUAAUAAAGGGCUGCUUCACCCGGAACAGAAGAAAUGGAAAGCGCCAAAAGGGCCAAAACCUGUGCACCAUAAGAAUAAGAAUGUCAUGGGGUUAGGACGAAGCAUAGCAAACCAACGAUCUAAAGAGAACCAAAUACAAUAUUUGCCAGAUGGUGAGAUGCGAUUUACUACAGAUAAAAGAGACCCGAAUUGGGUUAAAUUGAGGUCGGUUACUCAGGAAAACUCUUUAGAUGAGUUUUUAAACACGGCACAGUUGGCAGACACUGAUUUUAGUGCCGAAAGAAGUCAACAAGUUAAAAUUAUUAAAGUUGGUAACAACUCUAUAGUCAGUACCACCGGACUAUUGACCACUGACGAAAUGCUAAAGAUGAGACAAAAGCAUGCGAUGUUUGAAAAUAAGUUGACUAUACCGAAGCGUCCCCAUUGGACAAAACUGCAAAGUAAAUUGGAAAUUGAAAGACAAGAAAACUUGGCAUUUUUAGAAUGGCGAAGACAGUUGGCAAGUUUGACUGAGAAUAACGACUUGUUGUUAACACCAUUUGAGAGAAAUUUGGAAGUUUGGAGACAAUUGUGGAGGGUAGUGGAAAGAUGUGAUUUGAUCGUACAGAUUGUUGAUGCUAGGAAUCCUUUAUUUUUUAGAUCAAUCGAUUUGGAGAGAUAUGUUGAUGGGUUCAAUGAUGUGAAUGACUCAAACCACCAAAAGAGUAACCUCUUGCUAGUUAACAAGGCCGAUUUGUUAACGCGAGAUCAACGAGUUGCAUGGGCCGAAUACUUCAAAGCAAAAGGUAUCAACUAUGUAUUUUUCUCAGCUGCCGCAGCUAAUGAGCUUUUAGCGAAAGAAAAAGAGGAGCUAGAGCAACUUGAGCAAGAACAGAGGGAAGGACAAGUAUUGUUAAAUAAUGGCGCAGAAACCGGUAACGAUGAUGAUAAUGAUGAUGAUGUUGUUGUUGAUGAUGAAAUUAAUUUAGAUAAUGAUGACGAAUCGAUAAGAAUAUUGAAGAUUGAAGAAUUGGAACACUUGUUUAUGGAUUCAGCACCCAAAUUCCAACAAGAUUCAGAACAUCCGGAGCACUCACGUCGGAAAUUACAAAUAGGAUUAGUUGGGUAUCCUAAUGUUGGUAAAUCAUCGACUAUAAAUGCGUUGAUUGGGUCGAAAAAAGUCUCUGUCUCGUCAACACCAGGAAAGACCAAGCAUUUCCAAACACUACAUCUCACACCCGAAGUUAUACUCUGCGAUUGCCCUGGUUUAGUAUUUCCCAAUUUUGCCUACACAAAUGCCGAAUUAGUGUGCAAUGGAGUUUUGCCAAUUGAUCAACUACGUGAACAUAUCCCUCCAGUAGCGUUAGUUUGUCAGCGUAUACCUAAGUUCUUUCUCGAAGCAGUCUAUGGUAUUCACAUCCCUAUACAAAAAAUCGAAGAUGGUGGUAAUGGAGAAUACCCGACCGCUCGUGAAUUGUUGAAUGCAUACGCGCGAGCUCGGGGGUAUAUGACUCAGGGUUUUGGUUCAGCUGAUGAACCAAGAGCCGCAAGAUACAUUUUGAAGGACUAUGUCAAUGGUAAAUUGCUUUUCGUGAAUCCUGCACCCAUGUUGAGUGCUGAUGGAGAAUGGGAAUUGCUCAACUUACAGCGACUGAGAGACUUUAAUCGUGAACUAUACACUUUGCAUCACUUACCUGAAUCAAGACAACAUCAAAUCAUUCAUGCAAUGAAGGCGAGAAACAUUCCUGUAGAUGAAUUUGAUUUGAAGAAGGAUUUAUCAAAGUUGAAUUUUUCAAUGCACAUUGGUGCUGGUGGAGAAAAAAGUAAAGAAGAAGUAGAAGGAGAAGAAGAACAACAACACGGUAAAAGCGAAGCAAAGACGUUAUUCUAUGGCGGUAACCAAGCAAGACUAGAAAGUGCUGGUGAUGAGUUAGAUGAAGAGUUUUUUGCAUUGAAUAAUGUUGAAGGGAAAAUGAAUACACCAUUCCAUAAAAAGACCAUCUCCCUACCUACAAAAUCUGAUAAAAAGCAUAAUAAGAAGAACAAAAAAGAGGCCAAGAAAGUGAGAGUUUACGGCGUUGCUACUGCUACUGCUACUGCUGCUACUGCUGCCGCUGCUGCUGGUGCCGCCGGUGCCGCCGCCUUUUGCCCUUGA